GGGAGCGCGGGAAUAUUCCGGCGUGCGGGUGGUUCACAGGAGCUGUGGCGGGAGUGUGAGAAGAGGACGCGCGGGGCCUCGCGCUCGCUUUCCCUCCACGCCAUGAGCUGCCCUGAUUCGACGACUGGGCCCGGCCCCAGUUCCAGCCGCCUCUUGCCGCUGCUGGAGACCCUGCAGGACGACGCCGCUUCGCCGGGGUCGUUAACGGACGCGCUGCUGACCCUCACCAAUCGUCUAACUGGUGAGGAAGGAAAAGAGUUUUCAGCAGAAGUUGGAAAAUACUUUCCACAACUCUACAAGAUAUUUAAGACACACAUACCUACUGAAAACUCAGACUUGAGCAGUGCAGCCUUACAGGCAUUGGGAUUCUGUGUAUUUAAUGCAAAGAUUGCUUCUCAAUUAUGUGAAACAGAAAUACAGGAAUUGCUUUCAAUAGUGAGCAGUGUUGCUGUAAAGGCAUCUGACAAGAACAUUCGCACUAGAGCACUUUGGGUAAUCUCUAAGCAGUCCUUUCCUCCAGAUGUUGUUGGAGAAAUGGUGCCCAGUAUUAUUACAAUGCUAGAAACAAUACUUAAUAAAGGAGACUUACUUUCGAUGGUGGUUGAAUAUGAAGCCCUGAAUGUUAUCAUACGGCUCAUAGAACAGGCUCCGUCCUGCAUGGAGGAACAAGCUGUCAGAUGGGCCAAGCUCAUCGUUCCUUUGGUUGUCCAUUCGGCACAUAAAGUACAGUUAAGAGGCGCUACUGCAUUGGAGAUGGGAAUGCCACUUUUACUUCAGAAACAGCAGGAAGUAGCAGCAGUCACUGAAGAACUCAUGACUACUAAAGUAAUUCCAGAACUUCAGAAACUAUUUUCAUCAAAAAAUGAUACAUAUGUUUUGAAACUGUGGCCUCUGUUUGUUAAGCUGCUUGGGAAAACCCUGCAUCGAAGUGGAAGCUUUAUCAACUCGCUGCUGCAGUUAGAAGAACUUGGAUUUCGAAGUGGGUCACUAGUGGUAAAGAAAAUAGCUUUCAUUGCAUGGAAGAGUCUGAUAGAUAACUUUGCUCUAAAUCCGGAAAUCUUAUGCAGUGCAAAGAGGCUGAAAUUGCUAAUGCAGCCGUUGAGCUCCAUCCAUGUGAGGACUGAAGCUCUGGCACUGACCAAGCUGGAGGUCUGGUGGUAUCUGCUGAUGAGGCUGGGGCCUCAACUCCCAGCCCACUUUGAACAGGUUUGUGUACCAUUAAUUCAGAGCACUUUAGGCUCGGAUGCCUCUCUGUUACAAGGAAAUUCUUCACGGCUAUCUACUAACCAGAGUUUAGCGACCCCAGGUUCUGCACAGAAAUCAGGAGCUUUCCCUUUUGGAACCCCUGUCACUCCAAGAAUGACCCUGAAUUCUAGCACAGGAGGAGGUGGAGUAAUUCCUGCCAUUCAGCUCUUAGGAAUUGAAAUGCUGCUUCACUUCUUUCUGGGGCCCGAAGUCGUGACUUUUGCCAAGGAAAACAAAGUUGUACUUAGUUUAGAACCUCUUCAGUAUUCGGUGAUCACUAGUCCUUCUUUCUUCUGUAAACAUGCCAAUACGUUUAUAAAUGCAAUCCAGGAUGAUUUCAUUGCAGUUGGAAAAGACGUUUCUGAUAUUGUUCUGAAUGCUAUCUGGAAAGGAAUGAUUGGUUUUGUGAGAGCUGCAGUUGAAUCAGGCAGCAAGAAAGAGCGGCAAAGUUCAGAAGUACUCACAAUGUUGUUGCAAGCAUUAAAAACCAUUGUCAUGUCAAAUGAGCUGCCUGUGUUAAAGUCACUAUCCCUGAUGGAAAUCACAAUUAAAGAACUGCCUUCGAAAGUACUGGGAUCACCAGCUUAUCAGGUUGCUAACAUGGAUCUCCUGAAUGGGACUCCAGCACUGUUCUUAAUUCAGCUUUCUUUCCAUAAAGAUCUGUUGGAAUGCUUUGUUCAAGAUGAAAGGUUUUUCCUGAACUAUGAGUCUCUCGUGAGUUCUGUAUUGUCUGGCCCUAUAUCUCCUCUGGCUUUUAGUGAGUCUGUAUUCAUUGUUGUUAAUCAAAGUGCAACAUACCUGGAAAACAAGGAACAUCUUUGGAGAAUAUGGAGUAUUGUAGUUAACCCCCUGACUGAAUGGAUCAACCAGACAAAUGAAGUAAAUCAAGGUGAUGCGUUAGAACACAACUUCAGUGCUAUUUACAGUAUGUUGUUGCUUCCUGUAAGUCACAUUUUCCCAGCUUGUGAAUUUCCACAGCCCACAAUGAAAUCAUUACUGCGUUCAUGGUCAGAGCUCUAUAAAGCAUUUGCUCGUUGUGCAUCUCUUGUGGCUACUGCAGAAGAUAAUCUAUGCUGUGAAGAACUCUGUGCCAAAAUAAUAUCUGAAUUAGACAAAACACAAAUUAAUCGGUCCAUGCUGGAUGGUCUUUCACACAUUACAUCAAUCAUGGUUGAUUGUAUCAACUUUGCACCUUACGGUACUAAAUCUCAGCCACCAAAUAAAUCCCCUCAGACACCUACAGAUUGGUCAAAAAAGAAGAAAGAUCCUCUUGGCAAGUUGUCUUCUUUAAUCAGACUUGUGGCAGUACUAAUAAGCUCUGCUCAUAUACUCUGGUCCAAGGAACCCAGUCCUGAAAAACUGGUCCCGGUUGCUGCUUCAGUUGUCAGCAUUCUUCAAAAUAUCAUCGGCCACAUUUUUUUGUCUUCUGUCAUCAGAUCUGUAUUUGAAAUUAUUACAAAGCCGCUAGCAGUAUUUUAUGAAAAAGCCAGGUUAGCCGAUGGAUCUAGAGUAAACAAUACUCUCAGCAAUAAGUUUGAAAAAUUAUGGGUGGAAAUCAUUAGCUGUUUGCAGUCCCACUAUACUGGACCUUUUGAGAGUCAACUGCUGCAGGAGCUUUCUCCACUGCUGUGUAUAAUGUUCACAAAUAAAAACAAGCAGAUACGCAGUCAAGCUGCUCAGUUCUGGAAUGCAACAUUUGGCAAAGCAACGACGCUGGUGUAUCCAGAAGAAUUAAAAUCCAUUUUGUGCCAAACCAAACAGAAAAUUCUGCUCUUAUUGCCUGGCUUUGAAAGUACUGAAAUAAUGGGAGAAUCUAAUGGGACAUAUUCUGACUCCACAGAGAAUUCUCAAUGGAAUACAAAGAUAAGUGGAAUAGAAGUAAACUCUAGUGGGAAAAGAGAUUCCUUACUAGCACAGUCCAGUGAACGAAAAGAAGAAAAUACUAAUUGCCAUGUCCCACCUGCAAAAACAAAACUGGAAUUUUCACUGCCAAAAACAAAUAGAAAAGAUGUGAUUUUGGAAGAGGAAAAUACUGUUGACUUUGUGUUUAUUCCACCGGAAACAAAAGAGAGGGUGUUGACAGAGCACCAAAAAGAAGUUCUUCAAACAAAAAGAGUUGAUAUUCCUACGAUGUACAAUAAUCUGGACGCUUCACAAGAUACUGCCUUAUUUUCCCAGUAUACACAAGACCAGGAAGCUUCUUUGGUAAAACCCACCUUGGUAGAUACGAAGGAAGAAGAUGGGGAAGAAGAGGGCAAAGAGAUAUCCCAGGCUAAAAAAGUGGGAAACAUUCUGCUUGGCGCUGAAAACUGCAAGCCAAAUGGACUUCAGGAGAAAACGGAAUCUACAGCUAUUGGACAGUUUCAACCACCUGCAAAGCAUAGUCCAGAUCUAAAUUGUGAGGAUUCAGAAUCGUGUACUUCUAAAACAGUUCCAGAGGAGCCGUCAGUAUUAGAUCAGUCUGUCAAUGAAAGCAGCUCAAGUGUCAGCAGCAGCUCCUCUUCUAGUGAUGUCAUUUCAGGAACACCACAGCCUGUAAGCAGAAGGCAGUCCUUCAUAACUUUGGAGAAGUUUGAUAGUUCAGAGAACAGACCUUUCAGCCCUUCAAAAUUCAACCAUGUGUCUAGACCAUCUCAAAGUACCCCUUCAUUAGAUGGUCAGGAAAACAUGAUUGGCACAGAUACACUGUCUUUCAAAGAAAAGUCCAGUAAGAGUGCUUCCAAACCCCAAAUGGAAGAGACUGUCUCUAGUUCUAAGAGGUCAUGUCCAGAAAGCAUAGAUGCUUUGGAGUCUUCCCCUAAAGCCAAAAAAGCAAAGGAAGAAUCUAAGCCUGCUUCAAAACUGCAAUCUGAGAGUGCUCUUGGGAUACAGAAAUCAAGUCUCAGGCAGAACAAAAUAGAGCUUUCAGAGGACAAAAAAGCAAAGCUAAUGGCAUUGGAGCAAGAGAAAAACAUGCAAGUAUCCACUUCCAAAGAUGAGGUAGGGGAAUGUGACUUACUUGGGGAAACACAAGAGCCACAGUGUAUGUUAGAUGUUCAGUCUCAAGCUUCUGAUGUGGAAAUAAUCGAAAGUACAACCAUGGAAAAAAAACAUGUUUUGAACAAUGUUGCAGAGAUGAAAGCAGGACUGAACCUGGAUUCAAAAGAGAAUACUCCUCCAGAGGUGACUGUUCUGGGAGAUGCAAUAUCUGUAGGUCAAACUCCACAAAUACCACCUAAUCAAAAAAUAUUAAGGCGUUCUUUAAGACGAAAGCCAGAAACUACUGAAGGAUCUGCAGACAGUCAAGACAAAGAGAACAGCCAACAGAAGAAGGACAGGCGUAAAGAUGAUGAAAAGCUUCUGCCAAAGAAGUCUUUGCAAAGUAAAGAGGACUCCACACACAAACAGAAAUCUCUUCCUGAAAAGAACCCAGAUAUACAAGGAAGUGUAAAUAAAAAAGAAAGCCAUGCAGAAAAGCUCUGUAUGGAGCCUUGCACAACAAGCAUGCCUCAGAGUGUUACUGGGGAUCCUGCUGGCCUGGAAAAUUCAAGCAGUGCCAUGGAAGUUAUAGGUACAAAGGAAUCUCAUGCUUCAAAAAACCUUCCAGAGGAAACUAACAUAAGUACUAGAAAAUCUGAAGGCAGUAAUCCACCUGAAACGGAUGACUUGCAAGAUCCCUGUGCAGAUACCACCCAUGAGAAACGAAUAGGGCUUCCACGGUAUCAGACAAGAAGAGCUUCCCAAGGGCUGCUUUCCAGUAUAGAAAACUCUGAGUCUGACAGCUCUGAGAUGAGAGAAGAUGGAACCAAGAAGAAAAGGUCAGGAAGAUGGAAAGUCACAAGCAGUUCUCUUGAAAGCCAAGUGAAGGAAGAGUUAGAAAGCCAAAGCCAGGAGCUUCAUUCACAAGAAACUGCAAAUGAACUCCAAACCUCUUUAGUGGGAAAUAAAGGUAUAAUAAACCAUGAGGAGUGCAUGGAAAUAGCUUUGCCUUCUGAUAAUAAUGAAGAGAAAGAGAAGAAUGUUCCUUCACCUAAUGACCAUUUGGAAGGUAAAGAAACCGUGGAUGCUUCCAUUUGUGGUGGCCAUUCAGAUGCAGAACAAACUGUUGGAAAAGUGGCGGCAAAGCCAACUUUGGCGUCAGCUUCAAAGACAAAGCAGAUAACCAAAGGUCUUGAUCAACAAGAUGCUGUUCCACACGGCAGCAAAAGUGGUCUUACCGAGCUUUCAGGAGAUGCCUGCCCUGCUGUUCCUAAUGGCUUUUCUGCAUCCAUAAAUCGUUCAGAAACACCUGAAUGCCUGCACAAAAGAAGCAAGCGGAUGAGAAGAUCAAAGGGCUGCGAUUGCUGUGGUGAAAAGCCAACUGCACAGUUGGAAAAGUCGCCCACAGUAGUGAAAAAAGCAAGUAGUCCAGAACCAAAGUCAAAAGAACCUAAGAAGACAUCUAGUAAAGCAGCAGUGGUGGCUUCAUACCUUCCUGCUGCAGAGGAGUCCCAUUCUGCAGAAAAGCUCAGUAUGGAGCCUUGCGCAACAAGCACGCCUCGGAGUUUCACUGGGGAUCCUGCUGACACGGAAAAUUUAAGCAGAAGCAUAGAGGCUACAGGGGAAUUGCCAGGCAGUUACACUUCAAAAGACGAGUCCAAGGAGUCAUCAGACUCAAAAAGCAACAGUUUCAAAUCUUGUGUGGAAACUGUAGAUUGUGUUGAUGCGUCUGGAGAAACUUCAGAGCUGAGUUCAAUCGAAUCCACUUCAAAGGAAUUAAUUGCCCCGUGUCAAGGUUCAGAAAGCAAACUAGAGCCUGUUGUUACAAUAGGGGGAGCUGUUCAUCACAGUGGCCACCUAGAAGACAGAAGUCAUACGGAGGUGGAUGUGAACCAAGCUGAGAAAACAAAGUCCAGUGAACCAAUAACUGAUGUUGUUCAGGAUGGUGUGGAGAAGACUCUGGAAUGUUCUGUUGGCUCUCCUGUAGAAGCUCAAGAUACUGAUAUGGAUGAGGAGGAGAGCAUAGAAACCAAUGUACCAGUAGCACUGACAGGGCCUGAAACUUCAGGCUUGAUACAAGAUGAAGUAAAAGAAAAUAACAACAUAGAUUCCCCUCUUAAGUUGAAGGAAUUUGAUGCUUUGACUUUGACCAAGAUUAGUGAAAGCCCUAAUGGAGUGCAAUCACGUUGUAUGUGGUCUCCAUCAGCUUCCCCCUCUACCAGUAUUUUAAAGAGAGGUGUAAAAAGACAUGAGGAAGAGGAUUCGUCAUCACCUGCAAACAAGAGCCGGCGAGUUUCCUUUGCCAAUCCAAUCUAUCAGGAAGAAUUGGCAGAUGAUAUUGAUAGGCGAAGCCCUGCCGUUAGAAAUCAUUCUUCAAAUGGGUCUCCGUCUUCCCGAAGCAUUAAACCUUCUUCUAAUCAUCAAACCAAGCCUAUUACCACUCCAACCAAAGGACCCCUCUCCCCCGGAUCUCGUAGCCAUAAAUAUAAGAGCUCAAAGAAGUGUUUAAUCAGUGAAAUGGUCAAAGAAACUCUACCGUCUCCUACAGAAAGCAUAUAUCCAGCGCUGCAGGGUUGUAAGGCACCUGUUGACACCAUUUUGCCUCAGAUUACAUCAAAUAUUUGGGCGAGAGGGUUGGGGCAGCUCAUUCGAGCAAAGAACAUCCGAACUGUGGGUGACUUGAGUUCUCUGACAGCAGCCGAGAUCAAAACACUUCCCAUCCGUUCUCCCAAGGUCUCCAAUGUGAGAAGAGCUCUUAAAGGAUAUCAUGAACAACAGCUGCUAAAAUAUCGUGGAUUUGAGGAAAUAGUUGACCUGGACGACACAGAGAAACCAGUCAGUGACACAGAUGAAAAACCCUUUCCUUCAGAUGACGAGAAAGUUGCAGCAGACUUGAGUGAGCCCAUGACCACCAAUGAAGAUGCACAGUCGCCUUCAGACCUCUUAUCCCAGAUCAAUGUGCUUGCUGCUCAGAUUACUUCAGAAAAUCUUCACAGCUAUUCAGGCAGUGAACUUUUUGAAAUGCAAGAGAAACUGUAUAACAUGACAAACUGUAUUAUGAAAAAUCUGCAAUCCCGUUGGAAAUCACCACCCCAUGAAAGCACGGUUUAAUAAUUUGUACGUAAAAGCUAAUUAUUUGAGGAAUAGGCUUAAA